AUUUAAUCUUAUCUGAACUACCCUGAUUGUCUAAAUUUUAUGAGGAUCAUGAAUGUAUUAUGAGAGAUGGUGUAAAAAGGUGGGUCAUUGUAAGAAAUUAAGUUGAAGCAUAGUAAAAGAAUUUUGCCAAAAAAUAGAAUAACUGAAAAUGUUAAGAACGAGGGUGAAAUUCGAUCCCAAAAUCUCUUGGAAUCGAGAGGGAAGCUCCAACCAUUUGAGCUUGGAGCUUCCCCUCACUCUCAGUGUUUAGAACAUUAUGAAACAACGGUAGUAUACUUGUUUAAAAAAUUACUUUAAGUUUAAAAUCUUAAGAUUUUGUUUUAGUCGAAAUCCAUCAAGAGCUAGUUACCUUAAUUUUAAAAUAUGAAAAGUAGUUUUUUUAAAGCAACUAAAAUUUGAUAGUUUCGUUUUUUAUAUAGUACUAUGUGCUCCAUAUACGACACUAUAAAAUUUAACAUGGAGUAUGGACGUUAGAUUUUUUUUUAUUUUUUUUUUAUUUUUUUUGAAAAAGAAACAGAAACUUAAUUAAAAUGAAGUAGUUCACUUUUAUAGUAUUAUAAAUAUUAUUCUUCGUAUACAAAUUUCGCGCGAAACCGAAUUUGUCCCCCAUAAAUUUGAAUUAUAAAAGAUUUGACCUUCAAUUCCUUUUUUACUCCCAAUCCUUUUUUAGCCAUUGAAAUAAACUCUCGAUACGAUUUUUAAAUCUCAACCAACACGGCAACACCUUAAAAUUUACGGAUUACUUUGUAACAUUAUAACUCAAUUUUAUAAUUAUUGCUUUGUUAAAACAGAGACUCCCAUAAUAUGCACUUAAUAGCCGUUUUUAUAUGUCGCCAUUAACAACAUUUUAAACCAUAUGAAUAGGCUUGUCCUACUGUAUAAAAUCACUUCUUACUUGUAUAAUUCCUAGUAUCUAAUCUUCACCAAUUUUGACAGAAAAGUUUACAACUAUCAAACAAAAGUAACAAAAAGUUUCCUUCAUCAACACAUGUAACAAUCUUAGCUCAAAAGAAAUUCUCUCAAAAAAAAAAAAAAAAAAAUUAAAAAUUUGUGCUUGGGGCACAAGGACUAAAAUUAAUUAUAGAAUUUUAUUUUUUAAAAAAUAAUACAGAAUAAAAUAAAAAAAUAAAUAAAAUCCCUUGGGAAGCUGAGUCUGUUGUGGGUUAAGUUAGUGAAUUCUCUCUCUCCUCUGCUGCUGACUGAAUAGCCGUACCAUCACUUCAAUGGCGGACUCUGCUAACCACAGAAAGAGAAGGCGAUUACUCUCUCAAAAAAAGCUUCUUUUAGGUGAUCAAGUCGAGGUUAGGAGUAUAGAAGAUGGAUUCCAAGGAUCGUGGCAUGCUGGAGAAAUCAUUGGUUUUGAGGAUGGAUGGCGAGAAGUAAAAUAUCUACAUCUUCUUCAUGAUAAUGAGGUUGACUUUUUAACGGAAGCUGUGGAAGUUUCUAGUUCAAUUGACCGAACCUCUACCACAUCAAAAAAAUGUGACCGAGGUAGGAUUAGACCAAUACCCCCCACAUUUGGGGAAUUGGCAAAAGAGAAUCUGAACUAUGGCCUUUGUGUUGAUUGUUGGUACCACGACGCAUGGUGGGAAGGUGUGGUUUUUGAUUAUAAACAUGGUUCCAGUGAAAGGAAGAUAUUCUUUCCUGAUUUAGGCGAUGAAAUAAGUAGUGAUGUUACAAACUUACGAUUAACUCAUGACUGGGAUGAGAUUUCAGGUGAAUGGAAUUAUCGAGGGAACUGGUUGUUUUUGGAGAUCAUUGAGGAGUAUGAGAGGGAUAGAUUUAUCCCUGUUUCCCUAAAGCAAAUAUGGUAUGAUAUGAGAGGAAGAAAAGAAUCUGGUGACAUUGGGGAGUGGCCUUUUCCUGUGAAGGAUAAGCUGGAAGACCUGGUAGCGCAGAUCAUUGAUGAGAAUUUAAGGGUAACUAUAGAUGCAUUUCUGAAAGGGUGUAUCUCUUCUGAAGCCAUGUCAGAAUUUCGUGAAGCCUUGUCUGGUGCUGUUGUUCCUUCUGCAGAUAUUAGCCUUCAAGAUGUUGAUUCGACAAAACAGAAUGAUGCUGCCUUUACAAUGAUUGGUGAAUUGUGCAAAAAUGCUGAACUGGCAAAGGAUUUACAGGAUUCUACCCCCAUCAACAAUCAAGUGGUUCCUGUACAACCCAAGGCUCUGUCAAUUAUAUGUUCAGAUCAGAACGGGCUUGAUGUUAACAUGAAGCCUUCUGCAGAGUCCCAAUUUAGUAAUAAAUCUAAAAAUGAUGAGAAAAAACAGCUGCGGAUAAAAAUUAAGCGGAAUUUGCAGCCUGAUCAUAGUGAAAUGAACAUCGAACCUGAGUGCUGCCCUCAAUCUAUGUAUGAUUAUGCUCAACAUGAAAGGCCGGGAAACAAUUUGACUACAAAAGUCAGGGGCUAUCUCAGUUUUUUGGGUUAUAAAAUGGAACAGGUUGAUAAGCUGAAAUCUGUACGUUACUCCUCUCCCGGAGGAGGAAGAACGUUCUAUAAUCUUCGCCAAUGUAUUGACUAUGAGAAAAAACAGGCAGAGAAUUCCUCCCUAGCAGUGGAAGAUAUUCGGAGUGGAAAGCUUUUAUCUCCUGGUAGUCUGAAGUGUACUCCACCGCUUAAGGUAUCAAAAACCAGUAAAAAAGGCAGUCAAAAAGGACGAAGAAAAGUGUUGAAUCUUAAUAUUGAACCUAGAUAUUGCCCAGAAGCUGUACUCAAGUAUGUGAGAUCAUUGAAGAAAAGAUCAUCGAAGACAAAGGACCCUUUAAGCAAGACUCGUAGUGAAUUGCAGGAUGAAGCUAGGGGGCAUUUAUCAGCUAUUGGCUGGAGCUUUUGGCCUAAACUAAAGCAAGGAGUGGAGGAGUGGCGCUAUGAUUCCCCUACUUCUAAUAAAACAUAUUAUUCACUAUUGUCUGCUUGUAAGGCGAUUGUAAAUGGUACAGAGUUGCUUAGCUCUGGUCCAAUGGUAGAUGUACAAAGUGAAAACUCCAAAGGGAACUCUGUUGAACUUUCAUUAUCUGAUAAAGAGAACCACAGGCGAACCAUCUCUCAAAGAUGGGCCAAAAUAUUUCCUCGGGCUCUCAGGAAGUAUAAGGCUGGGAAAGUCCAGAGGAGGAAGCAGAAUGGUUUUGUGAACACAAUGCCCUCUCUACUGGAAAGUGGAAGAGCAGAACAGGAAGUUGGAGAUAAUGGGUUUGCAAAGAGACGUUCUAUCAGAAAAUUGAGUACCAGUUUCUUAUCCAAGGAAAAGAAAGCCUUGGGUAAAGUAAGGACCAGUUCGGAUAGCUGUAACCCAUCUCGGGUGCUGCGAUCAAGCAAAAGAGUACAGCAGGCAGGGACUUGUAAAUCAUCAAAGGCCCCUCGGACAGUACUUUCAUGGCUGAUGGACAAUGGUGUGGUGUUGGGAAGGGAAAAAGUCCAAUACUAUCGGCAAGGGGAUGAUAAGCCUAUAGCUGCAGGAAGAGUUACUUAUAAUGGGAUAAGCUGCAGUUGUUGCUCAAAUAUUUUUUCUCUUAGUGGCUUUGAAGCGCAUGCUGGUGGCUACUCCCUCCGACCAGCUGCGAAUAUAUAUUUUACCAAUGAUGGGAAAUCUUUGGCUGAACGUCAAUUGAAGAUGAUGAGUCAAAAAAUCAAGAACAUACCUAGGGAACCACUGGAAAGGAGUAAAGGGAAACGACAUAAAAGCUGGAAUGACCACAUCUGUUCACUUUGUCACUAUGGUGGUAAAUUACUUUUAUGUGAUCGAUGUCCAUCAUCAUUCCAUAAAGAAUGCCUUCAUUUGCAGGACAAGGACAUUCCUGAAGGUAAUUGGUUCUGCCCAUCAUGCUGUUGUGGACUUUGUGGUGAGAGCUACUUUGAUAUGAAUGCAGAAAGCUCUACUAACAAAAGCGUGCUAUUUUGUCAUCAAUGCGAGCGGCAAUAUCAUGCUCACUGUGUAAGAGAAAGAGUGGAAGAUAAAAUGGAUGUUCAUCCUACGGAAAAUUGGUUUUGCUGUAAAAUGUGCGAAAAGGUGCACUGGGGUCUCCAGCAGCUUCUUGGCAAACCCAUUCUUGUUGGUCAUAAUAAUUUAACAUGGACAUUGAUCAAACCCAUGAAUUACCUGGCCUAUGAGCAUGAUGAUUGUGAUGUUGCUGCCAUUACAGAAAAUUACAGCAAGCUUGGUGUCGCUCUUGAAGUGAUGCAUGAAUGUUUUGAACCUGUGAAAGAACCUCGAACCAGGCGAGAUCUUGUUGAAGAUGUUAUCUUCUGCAGGGGGUCUCCCCUCAAUAGGCUGAACUUUAGAGGAUUCUAUACAGUGCUUCUGGAAAGAAAUGAUGAGUUGAUUACUGUGGCAAUUUUAAGGGUGUAUGGUGACAAGGUGGCGGAAAUUCCACUUAUUGGUACCCGCUUUAAGCAUCGCCGGCAGGGAAUGUGUCGCAUUGUUAUGCAAGAACUUGAGAAGAACCUAAUCGAACUAGGAGUGAAGAGGCUGGUUCUUCCUGCCGCUGCAAGUGUGUUAAACACAUGGACAACUGCAUUUGGUUUUAUUCCAAUUUCCGAUGAUGAGAGACGUGAUUUUCUGAGUUACAGCUUCUUGGAUUUCCAAGACACAGUUAUGUGCCAAAAACUUUUGAGAAAGCUUCCUUCACCUCUACUCCUCAUGUCUAGGGAUGUGUCUGGUGUCCAUCAUCAAACUCCGCGCAAUGUAGAAGGUAACAGUGUUAUUGAUGAUCCUGAAGGGAACAGUCCCAUAUCUGAAGUUUCCCAAGAAGACCAACUUGAAGGAGAAUUAGCAAAUGACCAGUAUGAGGAAUCAAAUGGUGGUGAUAAUGGUCAAGACACCCCUGUUGCUAUGGUGACUGAUCCAACCAAUCUAGGAGGUGAAUCAUGCAACUCCGUGGAGUUUAAGGAGCAGAAGAUUGAACGCGAUAAAUGUGAAGGAAAUUUAAAGUUUUACACAAGAAAGAAGGCUGUUGAACUAAGAUCGCCAGUUCCUCAAGCUAACUGCUCCAAGGUAGAAGUAAGUUGUAGAUAGUUUGGACUUCCGGAGACUGCUAGUCCUCAAAUGCUUGUGCCUUAUACAGGUUUCAGUAAAACUCAGAGGCAUAAUCUGGUGAGAGUCAGUAUUGUGAUGCUGGGAUUUUCCUAUAAACCCAAUUUUGUAACCUCUCUAUGUAAUAGGAUAGUUUAUCAAGGCGAAGCUGAAUCAGAGGCGUUAGGGGUACCUUUUUUUUGGAUAAUUUCUUGUACAGCUUCUGUUUCUUUUUCUGACAAAAUCCAUGAGAGCUUAUUUUGGUUAAUCUUCUGUCUGUAAAAUGCUCUUAGUGGAAAUUAAUACUACAGUGUAAUUGGAAUGCUAUCUAUUAUAUUUAUUCAUAAUUCAUCUCCA